CGAAGUGAAAUUCGCGCUCUAGAUUUAGCUUUAGUUCAUCCCUGAUUUAACAAAUGCUUGUAGGUAAAAAAUAAAGUUUCCUUUUUAGGCUUUCGAAAUUUGUUUCCUUCAUAAGAAUUAGGCUACAAUUCGGAAAUAACUAACUCGGCCCAUCUCUCACACAUCUUCACACUUCAGAUCGGUCGUUAAAAAUUACUUCGAAUAGAUCUAGAACACAGAAAGCGCCCCUCAUACAGCAGUCCGUUAUAAUGCAAAUGAUCCCGCUCAGGUAACCGGUCCAGGUAAGCGCACCUUCAGGUGAUUGUUAACGUGAAUGAGGAUACUUUGAUAACCGUACAUCAAAGGACAUCGGAUCUUCCUUCAUAGUCUGACAGAACUGGAUGUUACUUGAUAGACAUUUGGAAAUCAAUACCCAACGACAAUGCCGUAUUGCAACUCACCUGUGGACGCAACGAGAGCCGCGAAACAACACGGGAAAAUAUGUGUCCUGGAAAUAGGAUGAUCCUCUCGGCGCUCAUCUUUUAAGCGAUCGCACUUCCUAAUAAAAUAUUUGAUUUGCAUUGAUUGGUAUUCCCAAAGAGAGGUGUGAACCGCUCAUGACCAGCCCUUCAAACAUAAACCCAAUGUGAAACAGGCAGGUGUGGAUGUGGGUCGGACUCUUCCUUUGAUUUUCGCUACCGUCUGGUCUAUUCGCGGACAGGUGAGGUCUGCUAUUCUCUAAGACAGGCGUGACUGUAUUUUAACUUUAAUUUGCUUAAUGUUUGCUCUAAAGUCCCGGAUUUGUCAGUCUUAAAGGAAGGUUGUGUCUGCUUGAACACACGGCAGUUUUCUGUAGUUCAGGUGAAGAGGUGCUUCAUUGGUCUGCAAGAAUGGGUUUAUGUGAGCUACUCUUGAAGACUUUAACUGCACUGUCUGUUCUCUGUCAAGCUACUGGUGCCAAUUCUGCCAUUACCUGGGAAGUUCAAAGGUAUGAUGGGUGGUACAAUAAUUUGGCAGAUCACGAUCGAGGGGCUGCAGAUGCAGCACUGCUCCGUCUCCUUCCGGCGCAGUACGCAGAUGGCGUUUAUCUGCCCCGACAGGAACCGCACCUGCCAAACCCCCGCCAGAUAAGCAACAUAGCGAUGAGUGGCCAAUCUGGUCUCAUGUCCUACAGGAACAGAAGCGUUCUCUCUGUGGCCUUCGGUUACCAUGUGUGGUCUGAGAUCUCAGAAUCACGAAGGCCUGGUUGUCCACCUGAGUUCAUGCAUAUUAAAGUCCAUAAAGAAGAUCCUGUCUUUGGCUCUAACUCUUCACAACCGGUCCUGCUUCAGUUCCAGAGAGCAGAGUGGGAUCCGAGCACGGGCAAAAGUCCUAACAAUCCCCGCACACAGGUGAAUCACGUGACAGCAUGGAUAGAUGGCAGCUCCAUCUAUGGAUCGUCCAGCUCAUGGUGCGAUGCCUUGAGAACGUUUUCCAAAGGACUGCUGGCGUCAGGCGCCUCACAGGACAUGCCCCGGCGCAGCAGCAGUGGUUACCUCAUGUGGAGCGCGCCGGACCCCAGCACCAGCCCCGGCUCACAGGAGCUCUACGAGUUUGGGAAUGCCUGGGCCAAUGAGAACAUCUUUACGGUCACUGAGGGAAUUAUUUGGUUUCGUUACCACAAUUACCUGGCCUCCAAACUGCACGAGGAACACCCCUCUUGGUCAGAUGAAGAGCUUUUCCAAAAUGCCCGAAAGAGGGUUAUUGCCACAUUUCAGAAUAUAGCAUUCUAUGAGUGGCUGCCGGCCUAUCUGGGAGCUCCAGUGACUUCCUAUCCAGGUUAUCAGAAAUAUGUUGAUCCAGGGAUCUCUGCUGAGUUUGAAGCUGCUGCUGUGAGGUUUGGACUGACUCUUGCACCACCUGGUGUAUAUAAAAGAAACAGGACAUGUCACUACAAAAGUGCUGUGAACAGCGACGCAAGUAAAUCUCCUGCCCUGCGUUUAUGCAACACCUUCUGGAACCGAAAUAAUCCAAACCUGCAGUCCAGUCAGGAUGUGGAUGAGCUAAUAAUGGGCAUGGCUUCUCAGAUCGCUGAGCGAGAGGACAACGUUAUUGUGGAGGAUUUGAGAGACUACAUGUACGGCCCCUUGAGGUUCUCGCGCUCUGAUGCAGUGGCUUUGACCAUCCAGAGGGGGCGUGAUUUUGGGCUGCCCAGUUAUAACCAGAUCAGGGAGAGCCUCAACAUGCUGCCUGUCAACAGCUGGGACGAGAUCAACCCUAAACUGUAUAACACACAGUUGUUAAGGGUGCUUGAAAAGUUGUAUGAGAAUGAUACCUCCAGACUUGAGCUAUUUGUGGGCGGCCUGCUAGAAUCACAGGAAGGACCCGGUCCAGUGUUUUCCACCAUCAUCCUGGACCAGUUUGAACGAAUAAGGAACGCUGAUCGCUUCUGGUUUGAGAACAUACAAAAUGGCUUGUUCACUGAAGAGGAGAUCCAAGCCAUACGUAACACCACAUUUCAUGAUGUCCUUCUGGACGUUACUAGUGCGGAGGAGGGUGACAUUCAAAAGAAUGUGUUCUUCUGGGUGAACGGUGAUCCCUGCCCCCAGCCUCAGCCAAUCAGAGCCUCUGAUCUACACCCCUGCACAAAGGCUUCCUCUAUGAGUUACUUUGACAACAGCAGCAAAGCUGGUUUUGGAGUAACGGUGGUGGUACUCUUCCUGUUUCCAGUUGUAAGCUACAUAGUAGCUUGUGUAGUUGCUCGUGUCCGGACGGCCAGAUACAAACGAUUCCAAAAGAAGCUCAGAGGUUCUACCACAGACAAGAAACCUGCACAUGAAACUAUUGCCAAAGAGUGGUUGGGUCACAAUGCAGCACCUCAACAAGUUACACUUGCAUUCAAUGAGAAGAAAGUAUUCCAGACCUUUGAUGAAAACGGCUCUCUUCUCAGUUCUCACAGCAUGAGCAAUCAAGACCACCUGAAUGUGUUAAUAUCAAAUGACCAUCAGCAUCGUGCUUUGCUCUUGAAGAUCCCCAAAGAGUAUGAUAUGGUUUUGUUCUUUGAGGAUGGUGGACAGAGGUCAAAGUUUCUGAGUCACCUGCGCUCUGCGCUGGAGGGCAGAAUUCAGAAUCUGACCGUGAUGGAAAUGAGUGAGAAAGAGCUUCUUAGAGAUGCAGUGACCAGAACACAGAGGGAAAAGAUUGUGGAGACAUUUUUCAAGCACGCUUUUUCAAAGGUCUUGGACAUUGAUAAAAGUGAUGCAGGAGACUUGAGCAAUAGGACCAGAGAAGCUUUACAGUGUGAGCUCACACGAGCUGAAUUCGCCAGUGUGCUCGGUCUGAAGCCUGACUCGCUCUUUGUUGAGUCCAUGUUCACACUGGCUGACAAGGAUGGUAAUGGAUACCUUUCGUUUCAGGAGUUCCUGGAUGUUAUUGUCAUUUUCAUGAAAGGUACUCCUGAAGAGAAGUCUAAGCUUUUGUUUUCAAUGCAUGACAUUAAAGGAGAUGGCUUCUUGUCCAAGGAAGAGUUCACUUUCCUACUCAGGUCUUUCAUUGAUAUCUCUGAAAGUGCUCUAUCUAAGAGUCAGGCUGAUGAUGGUAUAGCAGCUAUGCUUCAGGCAGCUGGUCUUUACAACAAAGAUUGCUUCUCCUGGGAGGACUUUCACCUUCUGCUGCGAGACCAUUCAGCUCAGCUCAGUAUUAAAGGCAUGGAAGUACUUGGAAAGAAAAAAAUAGCCAGAGAACAGCGAGUAUCUUUCAUUAAGAAAAAUAGUCCUUCAGCAGUGGAAGAGCUUACUCACAGGCGUGAGGGGGAGCAAGACCAGGAACUUCGUCAAAGACAGACCAAGAAAACUGAACAAAACAUCCCUAAAGUGUACGUGAGGCCUCGGAGGGAGCGCUACAACAGGAACGCAGUGCAGCAAUGCAUCCAGCAGGUCAAACGCUUCAUAGAAAACUACAGAAGACAUAUCAUUUGCACAGUCAUUAUAUACGGGAUCACCGCUGGACUAGCACUGGAAAGAUGCUAUUAUUAUGGUUUACAGGCCCAUGCCAGUGGCAUCCCAGAGACCUCCAUGGUGGGUGUGCUCGUGUCUCGCGGUUCUGCGGCCGCAAUCUCCUUCCUGUUUCCCUACAUGCUCCUCACUGUGUGCCGUAACCUGAUAACCAUGUGCAGAGAGACUUUUCUCAACAGAUACAUCCCGUUCGAUUCGGCCAUCGACCUUCACCGUCACAUGGCUAUGACUGCUGUCGUCCUCUCAGUUGUUCACAGUUUGGGGCAUGUGGUCAACGUUUAUGUUUUCUGCAUCAGUGACCUCAGUAUUCUUGCCUGCCUGUUUCCUAGAGUGUUCUCCAACAAUGGAUCUGAGCUUCCAAUGAAAUGGACCUUCUGGUUUUUCAAGACAGUUCCUGGUCUCACUGGGGUUCUUUUGCUGUUGAUUUUUGCUUUUAUGUACGUCUUCGCCUCACGCUAUUUCAGAUGCAUCAGCUUUAGAGGAUUCUGGAUCACACACCACCUCUAUGUGCUCGUCUAUGUCCUGACAGUGAUCCACGGCAGCUACGCCCUCCUCCAGGAGCCCCGCUUCCACAUCUACCUGAUCCCCCCGGGCCUCCUCUUCCUCCUGGACAAGCUCAUCAGCCUCAACAGGAACAAGGUGGAGAUCCCAGUGUUGAAAGCGGAGCUGCUGCCCUCAGAUGUAACUUACCUGGAGUUUAAGCGUCCUCAAGGUUUUGUCUACCGCUCGGGACAGUGGGUACGUAUCGCAUGCCUGGCGCUGGGCACAGAUGAGUAUCACCCUUUCACCCUGACCUCCGCACCACAUGAGGAGACCCUCAGCCUUCACAUCCGUGCAGUGGGACCCUGGACCAGCAAACUCCGAGAGGCCUACACCCCUGAGAAUCUCCAGGAGUUUGGAGGAUAUCCAAAGUUGUAUCUUGAUGGGCCGUUUGGGGAGGGUCAUCAGGAGUGGACAGACUAUGAGGUGUCAGUUUUGGUGGGUGCUGGGAUUGGAGUCACACCCUUCGCUUCCAUCUUAAAAGACUUGGUGUUCAAAUCUUCAGUCAAGUUCAAAUUUCACUGCAGAAAGGUGUACUUUAUCUGGGUGACACGGACUCAGCGUCAGUUCGAGUGGGUGUCUGACAUCAUAAGAGAGGUGGAGGACAUGGACGCUCAGGAGCUGGUGUCAGUGCACAUCUACAUCACACAGCUGGCUGAGAAAUUCGAUCUCCGCACCACCAUGCUGUAUGUCUGUGAGCGGCACUUUCAGAAGGUGUGGAACAGGAGUCUGUUCACCGGCCUGCGCUCCGUCACACACUUCGGACGCCCACCCUUUUUGGCUUUUCUCAGCUCACUACAGGAAGUUCAUCCAGAGGUGGAGAAGAUCGGCGUGUUUAGCUGCGGUCCUCCUGGUCUGACCAAGAAUGUGGAGAAGGCCUGCCAGCAAAUGAACAAACGUGACCAGACACAUUUUGUUCACCACUAUGAGAACUUCUAGGCUGUACGAUUGAAUCCAAUAAGAAAUACUUGACAACAAAUCACUGAAUCAUCAAUAUUGAUUCAUUUUUAAUUGGCCUGGAGUCCAUUAUUCAGUCUGAGUUGCCAUUACUAGUUGGUAAAGUAAAGAACAUGUUGAGGUCAUAUAGAAGUAUAAUGCGGUCAACAAAUCAGUUAUGCUAAAUAAAUCACUUUUAGUACCAAAUAUAUUAGGAGCAAAUUUCAUAUAAAGAAACAGAUUACAGAUUAGAUUUUUUUUUAGAGGUAAUUUUUCCAUUGUAUUUUUUGUUUGUCUUUUUGAAUGUAAAAGUACAUAUGAUGGAUAUUCUAUGUAACAAAUGAUCAAUAAAUGAAGUGUUAUUCCAUUUUUAUCUAUUAUGUAAUUGUCAUUUGAGUGUUACUGUUGAGGUUUCAUAAUAAUUAUCACUAAAAGGACUGAUCAAAUUCCACCUAAAUUUAUUUUGUCUAAAAAAGGAACUCUUUCUUCUUUGAUGAUACUCCUUACGUUCAAAACAUAAUUCACAUUCAGUGCUUGUUAUGUUUCUUCUCUAAGGAGAUUUAUGUUUUGUUUGUUCAUUAAAAGCAAUGGCCCGUUCACAGCUUUU